AUGAAGACAAUGUUAAUAUUCGUUGUUGGUUUCUCAAUCUUCUUCCAACUUGGAACAUCGGAAGAAGCUUCCACUAAUUCAACAAUUGCUCCACCUUCGGUGCCUUGUCCAACUACAAUAACACCAGAAGAUGCGAGAAAACAUCUGAAAACUGCAUAUGAUUUUAUGGUGUAUUUUUAUGAUCAAUGCGAUAACCAAAAUUAUCUUCUUUCGAGUAAUUUCUUUCAAAAUGACAAUGGAACUAUAACGAAAAGAGGUUUGUUGAAAACAUCUGGGGUUGAGAUGAAACUCGGAUUGUUUUCGUUAAAUUGGAAAAAAAAGUUUUGAGAAUUGAUUUUUUGAAAAAUGUAAUUUUUUCUAACAAAUGUUCUAGAGUGAAGGAGAAUUAGUUAUUUUAAAAAUGGAGAAAAAUAUUCCGGAUAUUGAAAACAGAAAAUUCGGAAUUUUUUAAAGAGUCUUCAAACUUUAAACUUCAUUGUUAGAUUGGUUGUAAAACUUAUCGAUUUAUUUGAAUCAAUUUCAAUUCAAAAGUUUGUAUCCUGGUUAAAAAAAAGUCAUUGACAAUUUUUUACAAAAUCAGAAUUGUUAGAUGUAAAGUUCCUAAGCCAAUGUAAUGUAUUUGAGAUACUCUAUUCUCUUAUGUGUUGUAUGACAAGAUGCAGUUCUUACUGUAGACAAGACUAGACAGUAAAGUCUUUAUUAUGAAAGAAAGAAUAAGAAUUAGUUUCAGUUCCGUAGAACCUCUUGGCUCUCCUCAACUCUCCAGAUUACUCUAGUCGGUCUUCUUUUAUACACAGGCAUAAUAGAUGGCACAAAUAGAUAACCCAGAUGACGUUGCACGUUCACGUGUAUAUCAUAAUCAUUUCUAUACACAACAUUAGAGAAACAUAGCUUCAAAUUACUGUGGGCUUUCAAGCCAUUUUACACGGUGUUUCACUGUUUUUUCGAAUGAUUUAGAAGCUUCCAGAAAAAAUCAUUUGAGGAUUCUAUUAAUUAGAACAUGCUCCCCCACCUUUAAAUCUGAAAUUUUUGGAAAAAUUCAGGCUUCUUUGAUUAUCCGAUUCUAAAUGGUUAUAUUUCAAAAAUAAAAAUCAUCAUUUUGAGAACAGACAUUCUCAUAUUUCCCAAGUCUCCCAUAUUUUCCAGAGGACUAUAUAACCAGUCUCAAAGAAAAGGUCAACAUCAACCGCUAUCACUUCAAAGACAUCACAAUAUACCCCGAAUCCAUUGAAGUCAAGUACUGGAAAGUCUUCAAUUUCACAAUUAUCCAUCAAAAAACCCAAUUCUGGGAUAUCAUCACUGAAGGCGGACAUUAUGUUAUAGACAAAAUUUAUCUUGUUCCGGAGACAAAAAAACAAUAA